GUAAUUUCAAAGAAAACACAAAGUAUUCCCCUCAAAAAACACAGAAAGUACUAGCGAUUUCUAAUUUCUGUUGUUGCUCUCAAUCUCCCUCCGACUGUGAAAGUGCUGGCUAAUCUCCGACUACGACGAUCAUACCUCCAGAGAGACAAAGAAAGAAGAACUUGCAGGUUCGAAUUGACUUUAAAGGAGGGUGAUUGUCAAAUUCAUGUAUAAUGAGUUGGAGUAAGAACUUGCAGCAAAUUGUUAGGAAUAAUGUGUCAAGCAAUUAUGUGUUAAAGGGUAGUAGCACAACUGGAAUUCUAAAUUCCACCAAAAGUUCAAUUCUUGGCUUACUUCAAUUACAUGGGGGAGGGUUUGAUGGUGAUGGAAACCCCCAAUUGUCCAAACAUCCUGAAGCAAUGCUGGAAUCUCGCCGGUUUAAGCAUAGCGCCCGAAAAGAGCCGGAAUUGGACCGGGAUUUUCUUGCUCGGCUUUGGGUUUUGGACAAGGAAAUGGAAAAGGCAAUAGCGAAAAGGAGAAUGGCUUAUUUUAGGGGAAGGAAUUUUAGGAAAUAUCAUGGUUCAGGAAUGCAUGUGUUUGAGCAGCCCCCACUUAGUCAAUCUACUACUGGAUAUUUGGCACCCACUUCUCCUGAGGAGGCUCAAGUAGCCCCUCUUCUUGCUAGAUCAAAUUUGUUAAUUACCCGGCAUAUAGAAUGGGCAAACCUUGUGUUUGGCUUUGAGCAGGAAAAUCGGUAUGCAAUAGUAGAUGUAUGCUACCCUCAGUCUCCUGUAGGUUUCAUCCGCGAACAAAGUAAUGUCCUUUUGAGACAGUUUCUUCGUUUGAGACGUCCCUUCGUUGCGUACAUAACUGAUGCAUUAGGCAAUGAGCUAUUCAGGAUUCGCCGACCAUUUUGGUGGAUUACCAGCUCAAUCUACGCUGACGUUAAUGGAAAGGAGAUUGGUGUUGUACACCAACGAUGGCAUCUGUGGAGGAGAAUAUAUGAUCUAUAUUUGGGAAAUAAGCAGUUUGCUGUGGUUGAAAACCCUGGUUUUUGGAACUGGACAUUCACUAUGAAGGACGCUGGUGGAAAUGUGCUCGCGGCUGUAGAUCGCGAUUGGAGAGGUUUGGGUUUGGAGGUGUUCACGGAUGCUGGACAAUAUGUCAUUAGAUUUGGGAGUUCUGAUCCUGCAUCGAAAAACGGCCCUGCAGAAGCGGUUGAGGAAUUAGACAUUGCUCGCCCACUGACCCUUUCGGAGAGAGCAGUGGCAGUGGCUCUUGCUGUGUCACUGGAUAAUGACUUUUUCUCACGACAUGGUGGCAGCUGGUUCACGGGUGUUCCAUUUAUAGUCACAGAGUAGAUAGAAUAGUGUGGUCUUCCUGCACCUCCAUACGCAAAUUCAAUUGUGAAUUACAGGAAUCGAUUUUCAUGAUCUCGGAUCCAUCAUUUAUUCGUGAACUGCCAACUCAAGGGUCGAUACAUCUGAUGGUACUGAACCUACUGACAAUGUAAACAAGGGAAAUGCGCUUUUCAUUGACGUGAUCAAGGAAUUAGCAGUACAGUAAUAGCUUAUUAUCUGCCUUUUUUGUUCACACUUGUAAUAGCAUAUACUCACAUUUGUAACCUCAGCUCAGUGAAUUGUAUGCAUUACAUUUAUUUUCCAGAAGAAUGUAAGUUAAGAAUUUAUGACAAAAUCACGUAUAAUUUGGUGCUAUUACAAUUUUUACUUUUAUA